AAUGAAGAGUAGAGCAACACAGCCUGGCUCCAGCCAUGAAAGAACAGAUGCUUAUAGUCCUCGCCGGAGAAGUUCCUCUCCCGAAGACAGGGAUUCGGAACAUGGGAGGUCUCGGUCAUCACAAGGCAAAGGUUACUUGGAUCACAGCAGACCUGACCGUGAGCGUUCAGAGAGGAACCGUUACAGUGACAGAAACACAGAUGCAAAGAGGGGUGGAAAGGACAGACAAGAAAGAGAGAGGGAGUCUGAUUGGCGGAAGUCCCGGAGGUCCCUUUCCCCGGACACCAGGAAUACCCCUGAGAAAGCAGCUCAUGAUGAACCCCCUCCAAAGAAGAAGAAAGAGGAUCUGGAUCCAAUUCUCACCCGCACAGGCGGCGCAUACAUUCCUCCAGCCAAGCUCCGGAUGAUGCAGGCACAAAUCACUGAUAAAAAUAGUUUAGCGUACCAAAGGAUGAGUUGGGAAGCUCUGAAGAAAUCCAUCAAUGGUCUUGUCAAUAAAGUGAACGUCUCAAACAUUGAAAAUAUCAUCCAUGAGCUUCUUCAAGAAAAUAUUGUCAGGGGAAGGGGUAUGCUGGCGAGAUCAAUUCUGCAAGCCCAGAGCGCUUCACCCAUUUUCACUCAUGUUUACGCAGCCGUUGUAGCCAUCAUCAACUCCAAGUUUCCAAAUAUCGGAGAACUGAUUCUCAAGAGGCUCAUUCUAAAUUUUCGCAAAGGAUAUAGAAGAAAUGAUAAGCAACUUUGUCUGACAGCUUCCAAGUUUGUUGCCCAUCUUAUGAAUCAGAAUGUGGCUCACGAGGUUUUAUGUUUGGAGAUGCUCACGCUCCUUCUGGAAAGACCUACCGACGACAGUAUAGAAGUAUCCAUCGGAUUUCUAAAGGAAUGUGGCCUCAAAUUGACAGAAGUGUCUCCUAGAGGUGUUAAUGCCAUCUUUGAUCGUCUUCGUCAUGUUCUCCACGAAUCUGAAACUGACAAGCGGGUUCAGUACAUGAUAGAAGUCAUGUUUGCUGUGCGUAAAGAUGGAUUUAAGGAUCACCCAGUCGUCCCAGAUGGAUUGGAUCUUGUGGAGGAGGAGGAUCAGUUUACUCAUAUGCUGCCUUUGGAGGAUGAUUAUAAUCCGGACGACGUUCUUAAUGUGUUCAAGCUGGAUCCUGACUUUAUGGCGAGUGAAGAGAAGUACAAAGCACUGAAAAAAGAAAUCCUUGAUGAAGGUGACAGUGACUCCGGAACUGGUCAGGAUGCUGGAAGUAGUGAGGAGGAAGAGGAAGACGAAGAGGAGGCUGAAGAAGAUGAAGAAGGGCAAAAAGUGACCAUCCACGAUAAAACAGAAAUUAACCUGGUCUCCUUUCGGCGAACUAUUUACCUUGCAAUUCAGUCAAGCUUAGACUUUGAAGAAUGUGCUCAUAAACUGCUGAAGAUGGAUUUUCCCGAUAGCCAAACGAAAGAAUUAUGCAACAUGAUUCUCGACUGUUGUGCUCAGCAAAGGACCUAUGAGAAAUUCUUUGGCUUACUGGCUGGGCGGUUCUGUAUGUUGAAAAAAGAAUACAUGGAAUCAUUUGAAGCUAUUUUCAAAGAGCAGUACGAUACCAUACACCGACUGGAAACAAACAAGUUGAGGAAUGUUGCCAAGAUGUUUGCCCAUCUUUUAUACACAGAUUCCUUGCCAUGGAGUGUCCUUGAAUGCAUAACCCUGAGUGAAGAAACCACAACAUCGUCCAGUAGGAUUUUUGUUAAAAUAUUCUUCCAGGAACUUAGUGAAUACAUGGGACUUCCUAACCUUAAUGCAAGGUUAAAGGAUGAAACUCUGCAGUCAUUCUUCGAAGGGCUCUUGCCUCGGGACAACCCAAGAAAUACAAGAUUUGCCAUCAAUUUCUUCACGUCCAUUGGUCUCGGGGGACUGACGGAUGAGCUACGUGAACAUCUGAAAAACGCACCGAAAAUUAUCAUGACCCAGAAACAAGAUGUGGAGUCAUCAGACUCCUCUUCAGACUCUGAAUCGUCCGAGUCAGACAGUGGCACCAACAGCAGUGAUAGCUCGGGGACUUCCAGCGAGAGCGAAUCCUCGUCCGACAGUGAUCACAGCAGUAAUUCAAGUGUGACAAAGAGGAAGUCGCAAAAGAAGAAAACAGCAGACACUGGUAACAGGAGAAAAGAGGGAAGUAAAAAGAAACAGCUUGAAAAGAAAAUGGAAAGGAGGCAGCCUGAGUGGGAGAAUGAGGCGGAGAGAAGCUCAGAAAGGAGCACUGACAGAAAUUCAAGAGACCCAACUCGGAGAAACGAUGUUUCAAAGAAAUCGUCCUAUGACAGAGAUCAUUACACUGACAGGAACAGCUAUUGGAGUGAGAAAGACAGGGAUCAGGAAAGUAAUACUCAUGUAGAAAGCCAACGUGGUCAUUCUAAAAAGAAAAGAGGAGAGAGAAGAAAUUCUUCCUCGGAUAACGAAGGCAGGGACAGGCACUGGACUCCAGAUGGCGAACCCCACAGAAGGAGAAAGGACAGAUCAAAGUCUAGGGAGAAAUCCCAUAACUAUCCCAGCCCGAGGGAUGACGGGCGUUAUCGGAAUGGCUCGGAGAAGGUUCCGCAAAAACACAGCCGAAAUGCUGAGCCACUGAAAGAGCUGAGGAAAGACGACGGUAGGCAGAGACACAAGGAGAAUUCCCCGCACAGACGCAAGUGA